CAAAUAGUCCGUCUUUUCUUUACUUACGACAGAAGUACAUCCGGGACAGGCUAGACGAAGACUGGAACGCGGACUUUCUUCUUCUCCUUUCCUCUCCUGACUUGUUUGUCUUGUCGCUCACCUUUUUGCCGCUCCUUCUUCAGUUUCUCCCUCGUUUUGUUAAGCAUUCUCACGACCGACGCUGCGUAUCUAUUCUUCUUUCUCGCCUAGCCUAUUCCCCCUCAUUUUCAUGUUUUUCCGCUUCUCUGUAUCACCCGUACUUUUCCACCUCUUCACCUCCGGUCGUCGUUGAGUCACCUCUCCCUUCCUUUUUCUCCAGUUGUCGCAGCUUUCAGCAUCUGCACGUCCUCUUCAUCUCGGCGCCUCUGCCUGGUCUUCUUUGUCUCCUCUGUCUCUCUGUGUAUCUUCAUCUGUCUGUCGUCACUCUCGCUCCGGGCAGGGAGGCGUUCGCGGGCAUCCGGUUCCAAACCUGACAGCUUUUGAGUCACCGGAAUUACCUGUUCACUUGCUCGGUGGUACGUAGAUCGUUCGAGGCAAAUCUUCUCACGAACUGGAGCAAUGCCUCUGAAAAAGAUAGAACUCUCACUCUCCAGUGGCCAGCAGUCGGAGCAGAGCGGAGCGUGAGUCCAGCAGGGAGGCUGCAUGCAUUCUGCCGAGGCCUCGGGGACGAAGAGGAAAGAGAGAGUGCCCUCCAGUUGCGCGCCUGUGUUUAGAAGAAGAAACAAGGAAAAGGCCAAAGACUACGAAAGCCUUUGAGGGUACCACGAUGGAGGAACAAGAUAGACCAGUCGUGCAGGAACAAGAGGAAGACGAGAAAGGAGAAAUGAAAAGAGAGGCAGAAAAGGACGAAGACACAGAGGAAACCGGUCAAAUCCCCAACGUCAGUUCUCAAAGCGAGGCGGCGGUGUCAAUGUAUGCAUGCAGACGUUGCCGGCGGGUGUUGUUUGCGGACGAACAUAUCGUCCCACACAGCAAGGUGGAGAAACUUGCGUCUGCGGUUGGACCAUCUCCGACGAAGCAGCGUUCCUGCAACAUGGCGUUUGUGGAGCCGCUGACGUGGAUGGGAGAUGUUCACGAGAUGACUGGGAAGCUCCUCUGCCCCACCGAACGGUGCAAGGCAAAGCUGGGUGUCUGGAGUUGGCAUGGCCUUCCGUGCAACUGCGGACAGUGGCAUUGCCCAGCCUUCCAGAUUCAACUCCGCCGAGUGGACAACCUUCCCCGCUCUGCCGAAGCCGACAGCCUUGAGAUUCAAAACAUUUUGUGAGGCGGGUCCUCUGACACCUUUCAGUCACUAUACGGGUUUCUCUUUGGCGUCUGUCUGUUUUUUCCCUUCGUCUCGCGCAAAGAGUUCGAACUUUGCUUCACUCAUUUUAAGUCAGCCCAAAUUUACCCCGCCUUGGGUGCCAAGCUGCUCCGGGUGGCUGGCCUGAAAUCCACGCCGGUCUACGGGAGAAAUCAUUUUUGUUCGGGUCUUCGUUGUCAGCUGAAUUCGAUUUUGGUCUUGCUGCGGUUCCCUACGGUUUUCGGUGAAGUGUCGUAUCAAGGGAAACACGGGCGCCGCCUGCUUUUCCGGAUGAUCUCUGGGCGGUCUUCCCGCAUUUACGCUUGUCGUUGCAUUUCAUUUAUGGAGGCGAUGCAUGCUCGACUGUAUAGUCGGGAGAAAGAUGCGCGAUCCCCGGCUCGGUUUCAAUCCGCGUGUUUCUUUUUUCAAAAAGAUACAAUCCCGCGAACUGUGUCGCCAUACGGCUGCAGAAGUAAAAGGAACAAGUGGCAGACUGGAUACACGCGUCCAUACACGAAAGCUAACUCGACACUAGCGGCAAAGAAGCUCCUUACUUCAUGUG